CCUCUAAAAACUAGUAAAUAUUGCUGGUGGUGUGCAUUCUGGAGAUAUGUUUUUACUACAGAUACUACCAAAGUUUUGUGAAUGGGAUGAACACACUGCUGUUGACUGCUUACUGCCAGUAAUCAGCUGGGCACUUCACUAGUCAUGUUUUCGUCCUCACAUUGUCCAACUGGAAUUUGCUUAUGCUGAUUUUUAAAAGGAAGAAGAAAUCAAGGUGGAGUACCAUAAACUUGGCAUGGACAAUAAAAAGAAAGACAAGGACAAGCCAGAUGAAAGAAUGGCACGGCCUAGUGGGAGAUCAGGCCAUAAUCCACGUGGAACUGGUUCUUCGAAUUCUGGAGUGCUAAUGGUUGGCCCAAACUUCAGAGUUGGUAAAAAAAUUGGAUGUGGUAAUUUUGGAGAACUACGGUUAGGAAAAAAUCUAUACACAAAUGAAUAUGUGGCAAUUAAAAUGGAGCCAAUGAAGUCGAGAGCGCCACAGCUACAUUUGGAGUACAGAUUCUACAAGCAGCUAGGAUCUGGAGAUGGAAUACCUCAGGUUCACUAUUUUGGCCCAUGUGGCAAAUAUAAUGCUAUGGUGCUAGAACUACUCGGACCUAGUCUAGAAGAUUUAUUUGACUUGUGUGGUAGGACAUUUUCUCUUAAAACCGUUCUUAUGAUAGCCAUACAGUUGAUUUCUCGUAUGGAAUAUAUCCAUUCAAAGAACUUGAUAUACAGAGAUGUAAAACCUGAGAACUUCUUAAUAGGACGACCUGGAAACAAAACACAACAAAUCAUUCAUAUUAUAGAUUUUGGUUUAGCAAAGGAGUAUAUAGAUCCAGAAACAAGGAAGCACAUACCGUAUCGGGAACACAAGAGCCUUACAGGAACAGCUAGAUACAUGAGUAUAAAUACACAUUUAGGAAAAGAGCAAAGUAGAAGAGAUGAUUUGGAGGCUUUAGGUCAUAUGUUUAUGUAUUUCCUCAGAGGAAGCCUUCCAUGGCAAGGUUUAAAGGCCGAUACAUUAAAAGAACGCUACCAGAAAAUUGGGGACACAAAACGAGCAACCCCUAUAGAAGUAUUGUGUGAAGGCUUCCCAGAGGAAAUGGCUACAUACCUACGUUAUGUAAGAAGGCUAGAUUUUUUUGAAAAGCCAGACUAUGACUACUUAAGGAAGCUCUUCACAGACUUACUUGAUCGGAAAGGCUAUAUGUUUGAUUAUGAAUAUGACUGGAUUGGCAAACAGUUGCCUACUCCAGUGGGUUCAAUACAUUCAGACCCUGCACUGUCUUCAAACAGAGGAGCAUAUCAACACAGAGAUAAAAUGCAACAAUCUAAAAAUCAGUCGACAGACCAUAGAGCAGCUUGGGACUCACAGGAAGGCAAUCCACAUCAUUUGAGGGCUCAUCUAGGAGCUGAUAGACAUGGUGGCUCAGUACAGGUAGUAAGCUCAACAAAUGGAGAACUGAACACAGAUGACCCAACUGCAGGCCAUUCAAAUGCACCCAUCACAGCUCCUGCAGAAGCAGAAGUACUGGAUGAAACUAACUGCCAGAAAGUGUUGAACAUGUGUUAUAUAACUCUCAGAGCAGCUCUGGUCUGCUUCUGCCCACUGCUACUUUUUCAGUGACUGAGCAACAGGGUGCCUUGGAGGUUUUGAGAAGGUAACUUCUCUGUCCCAUUACUUUGGAUGUUGUUCUCAUCCCUCGUAGAACUUUAUUUUCAGACCCUUAUUGUCCCUCGUUUUCAAAUGCUUUCACCAUUUGCGGUGUUCCAAACUAAAUCAACAGGAUUACUUUUGAAUUUUAGUGACAUAAAAUGCCUGGUGAACUUAAGGACGUAUAGAUAGCUUAUUAUGUUUAAUGCACUUGAGUGUAUAGCGCUUGCAAGUGAGAAUUCGGUAACCAAAGUACAGAACUCCAGUGGGCAACCGAAGGUAGACAGCUUGCAUGUCCACUUUUGAUUGAAAAUUGUGAAUACUUUCCCAAGUGGAAUUUCUGUUCUUAAAGGUGGUGGUCAGGAGCUGGGUGUUGCAUCAAAAUAAGUAAAUGGGGCAAGAAGGUCAGGAAGCUUCCAUGGCUGGAU